ACGAGCCACACACAGCACUUCCAGUGGAAGUUCCACUCGCUCGCUGUCUGCUUAUCCGAAGCGCAGUUUUACUCCUGCCUUCAUCUACAUCCUCACUUUCAUUUACUGGCUGCUCGACUGAAUUCGUGCCGCGAUGGGCUUGAAAAAGUGGCUGGGCCUUUCGGCGUCGCAGCCAAUGGGACACAGUGCCAAGGACGAGGUAGAAGUGGAGGAGCCGCUGGUCGUUGGGCGUCCACAGCAGCGAUCUGACACUCACCGUCGCCACACAGCGUGGGAGGCGCAGCAAGGACACAGCCGCACACCCACGUACGCGCCGACGCGCCAAAGUGCACCGCUUCAAAGACGCUUAGACGCGUACGCACCAGGCGCUUAUCAACAAUCGGAACGCCGCUUUUCUUCCGACGCGCAGGGCGAUAACGAUACUAUAUCGACGAUGGUCACAGCGAUGCAGUCGCCGCCGCCUCAGUAUAACUCGAAUUCGGAGGACUCGGACGUGUCCAUCGGACCAGACGAUGACUUUGUACCAUCGCCAGCGCCACCAAAUAGACCGGAGCGGUCGAUGACCACAACGGCAGCCCUACCGGCAAAGCCUAUGGCAAACACUCCGAAACGCAACAGUGUCAGCAACGCUUUCCGCUUCUCGUGGAUGAACGUGUUGGGCCAGUCAACGAGCUCGGAAACGGCCAUGGCUCAAGUGGCCGAGGAUGACGAAGAUGCUGAAGCCGCGGCAUCAAACACGCGCGCAAACGAUCAAGCACCUCGCAACACGACGCACAACCCUGACGUGGCCUUACGACCGCAAGACGACGAGAUGGGCGUGGUUAUGCAGGGCUGGCUCGAAAAAUGUGGCCAGCAGUUCAAGACUUGGAACUGGCGCUUCUUCGUGCUACGUAACGAUGGCGUCUUGUCCUAUUACGUCGAUGAGACGCUUAAGAAGCUGAAAGGGUCAAUAGAUAUUGGAUAUGGCUCCAAGGCGGACGUGUCGGUGCAGACCAAUUCCAUGGACAAGAAUUUUGUCUUUGUGAUCGCAACCCCGCAGCGUAACCUCAUGAUCUCAGCUCCAACGCAACGAAUGAUGACCAAGUGGAUUGCUCGACUACAUGCAGCGGGCGCAGUGCCAACACAGCCGUGGGACCCGCUUCGUAAGACUGUCAAGUUCUACGUACGCGACACAGAGUGUAACCACGAGUGGAAGCGCUACGACGACCCCACAUCCUACAUUCACAUGGAAGGCUGUCUGCUUAAACGUGGCCACGUCAACAAGAACUGGAAGAACCGCUUUUUUCGGAUUGAGAAGGGUGAAUUGAAGUACUACACCGAAAACCAGAGUGAGUUGAAAGGCUCAAUUCCGCUGAAAGACACAAUCGUAAGUCCUGGUAUGGCUCAGUGUCCUGAUGGACGGAAAUACUACUUUGUCCUGACAUCCAAGGACGGCAAGUUUGAGAUGCAUCUAAAUGCACACAACGAGAACUCGAUGCAUUUGUGGAUUGAGGCGUUGCAAGAAGCGGAGACGGCGUUAGGAAGAAUGGCCGGCAAGAAGGACACGGUGGCGGGUUUAUCCCUUGUGGUUAAGCGUGCAGAGGAGAUUCCACUUGGAAAGAUCGGUGUCCUCUUUAAAAAGCCCGAGGAUAUCGACAUUGAGAUGCAGAAGCGUACAGAAGCUCUCAUUGUGGCGUCCAGUCCUAGAAACCGUGGCGUCGCGGUGGGGAGUCAGCUGAUCUCCGUUGAAGGUCGCAGCAUUCUUCGAGAGACGUAUGCGGAGGCGCGCAAGAUCCUGCGCGAGUCCUCAUUCCCGUUGCAACUGGAAUUUCUGUUGCCGCCAUUCAAACGUGGCGUACUGAUCAAGAAGUCCCGUUCGGGCUUUGAGAACUGGAAAAAACGUGUGGUUAUCGUGACGAACGGUGAGAUCCACUACUACAAGCAGGUGUCGUCGUACACUGGAGGCAAGAAAGCCCCUGCCGAGCUCAAACACCGCAAGUCUUUCUCAUUGUACGGCUGUUAUCUGAACCUGAUGCAUGUUACUGGUCGUGACCUGUGCAUUGUGGUGGCGCGCUCGCCCUCGGACAAGCUGGUGCUGCAGACGCGCACAGAAGAGGAGCGUAUGGAGUGGGCCAGUGUCAUCUAUUGCAGCAUCCGCAUGGUCUCGCAAGGCAUCACGUCGGGUCACAUUGAGAACCUGCAACUGGAGCAGUCACGCCUGCCGUCCAAGCACUUGCCGUCCGAUCUCAAGGGCAGCUUUAAGGACCACGACCAACUCGAGUUCUAG